GUGGUGUUUACGAACCAAGCAUAUUCGGUAAGAUGUUUUUUUGUCGCUUUUAAUUUAAAUUUUAUCAUCUCGUGUUGGCCUCAUAACUCAUAUUUAUCCUUUUCUUAAUUGAGGCAGCUGCUCGCAGUCAGUGUGAAAAUUAGCCUCGAGAGGCACCAUAAUAAAUUAUAAUUUAAAACUAAAUUGAGCUGUCGGCCAGUUCAAUUGCCAUUUAGCCAUGUUUGUGUUCUUCGCUAUUGUCACAGCAAUCCGCAGCGGCGCACUCACUUAAAAUAUCGGAGGCAGAUAACCUGGCUGGCAAAUGUGACGCACAGGUUGCCUACUUUGAAACCUGUACCAAUGCACACGCAAAAGACGUAUCCCCAUAAAACCAGAGUAAAAUUGAAUAUUUUGUCUAUAAUAACUACGAUGCAACCUUCAAGUAAAGAUUAUUGGUGUAAAUUUCGUUGAGUUUGCUUGACUUCCAGCAAAAGGUUUGGCCUUCGACACCCGUGCACGUUCGGAUAAUAAGAUGCAUCGCUUUUCGGGCAAUAACACCCACCCUGACCAAUUUCGCCUGAUCGUCCAAGAUGAGCAGAACCUGCUGGUCGGAGGCAGAAACCUCGUGCACAACCUCACCCUGACAGAUCUGACCGAAAUUCAGAAACUGGCCUGGGUCUCUCCCGAUAAUGACAGGACUAUGUGUUCACUGAAGGGCCAGGAUUUUGAGCAAUGUCAAAACUACAUUCGAGUUCUGAUCAAAAUUUCGACAGGACGUUUCCUGAUUUGCGGAACCAAUGCCUACAACCCCGUGUGCCGAGUGUACGCUUCACAGCCAUCUGGGUAUUUUAUGGAGAGAGAAUGGUCAGGGAGAGGUUCCUGCCCGUACGGACCAAACGUCAAAAGCACGGCCGUGUUCGUUGACGGUGAGUUGUACAGCGGCACCUACGCAGAUUUCGCGGGCUUCGAUCCCGUAAUCUUCAGAGAACCUCUGCGGACGGCGCAGUUCGACUCGAACACCUUCAACCAUCCCGUUGAUUUUGUCAAUUCGUUUGCUCAUGGCGAUUAUGUCUACUUCUUUUUCCGCGAGAAAGCAGUCGAAUGCACCAACUGCGGGAAUACAAUUUACUCAAUAGUAGCGAGAGUUUGCAAGUCGGACAAGGGUUACCGCAGUUUCACGUCGUUUUUGAAGACCAGACUCACAUGCUCUGUGCCUGGAGAAGAUUUUUACUUUGACCAAAUAGAAUCCACGUCCGACGUCAUUGAGGGUCGCUAUGGCGCUGAAUCGGCGGAAAUGGUUUACGCAGUUUUUAACGCUUUGAACAACGGGUCCGCCGUCUGCGCGUUCCGGUUGCAAGACAUUUCCAAAGCAUUUGACGGACCUUUCGCGGGGGUGACAGAAAAAGUGCCUGAUCCGAGGCCUGGAAAGUGCGUCAAUGACUCGGUUCCGAUUCCUAGUGCGACCCGCAAUUUUAUACAGAAACACCCGCGCAUGCAACAGUCGGCUGAUAGCUUCUUUGGACGGCCAAUCGUCACCCAAGUGACUUCCAACUAUCGUUUCACGCACAUCGCGGUGGACCCGCAAGUGAAGACGCCGGGCGGCAAGGCGUACGACGUGCUUUUUAUCGGCACGGACAACGGCAAGGUGAUCAAGGCGGUCAACGCCGAGUCGGCCGACAACCCGAAAAAAGUCAACUCGGUGGUGAUUGAGGAAAUCCAGGUGUUCCCUCCUGCGGUCGCUAUUACAAGCCUAAAGAUCGUCAGACACGAAUCUCUCACUGAACCUCGGCUGAUCGUCGUAUCCAACUCGGAGAUCCAAUCGAUCAAAUUGCACCGAUGCGACAGUAACAUUUUGGUAAAUAAUUCGUGCAGCGUUUGUGUCGGCUUGCAGGAUCCGCACUGCGCGUGGGACAAACAGGCUCAAAAGUGUGCGACGAAGAAUUCAGCAACCCGCUGGAACGACGAGAACAGUUUCUACCAGAGCAUCGCCACCGGCCUCCACGGCUCCUGUUCUAUCUAGCCCUCGCCUGAAGACCAAAAUUUGAUUCCCAGGAAAAAAAUGAUAGAAUAAACAAAGAAAAGAGAGGUGAACCGACUUAAAGGACAGUAUAUGGAUGUCAAAAAAUAUAAUUUGAAAUGUCCAGCUACAGAUUCCAAAAAUCUGAGUGCCCAACGUGUUGGAAAUUUUGGAAUCGGCCAUCCGCCUCCACGUUAGCCGUAACAAGCCCCGGACAAAGAGAACGGCCAAGAACAUUUUGUGACGUCAUCAGGAUUAAGUCCGUUUAUUUUCAGGACACACCCUGAUUAGGCUGAUUGUUGUUCCAUGCCAAUUGUUUGAAUUGAAAGCAUGGGGAAUAUAAAGGAAAUCUAACAAGCAGCCCAAUUACUGUUAAAAGUGAGGCAUCCUUAUUUUUGUCUUUACCCUGAAAAGUUAUGACGUCACAAUGCUCUUUUGUCCAGUGAUUAUAAGUACUAACGCGGAGGCCGAUUCCUCAAAUUCCAACGGCACUCCAAUUCUCAGAAUUUGUAUACCAUUUAAAAUACCAUUUUUCGACAUAAAUUGUCCUGUAAGACAGAUCACCGUUUAACCAAAAAAGUAAUUUCACACUCGAAAUCUAUAUAUCGCUAAUGUUCAGAUAAAAGGGAAUCAAUAAAAUUUAUACCUUAAGUUUGAUACGAAU